AUGGAGAAGGAAACGGGUCCUCAUUUCCCUCGAUUGGACUCGGGUGGAAAAGCCCCGAUACAAUCGGUUGCAGGAGCUGGUUGCAUCCUCGACCGGUUUGAUGAUGCUAGUCGUGUUGGCAAGGACAUGAACACGCCGAACGCAGGAGAUUGGCUUGCCUUCCCUGCCCGGCUUGGAAUUACGAUGUGA